AUGCAGCAGUGGAAGGUUAGUAUCGAGAGUAUUAAAAAAGACGGAGAGCCGAUGCGUGUACUAUGUGGCGGUGGGGUGUGUGUAUGUUGUGAGAGCGAAGGAGUGCGUGGCGGGAGGCGAAGGGCUACUCGCGGCGGCGGAGGGUCCGGGGCGAGUGGCAAGAGGCAGAAGGAGGGAGCCGCCGGUGCGAAGGAUGGAGGGAAGGCUAAAGACAAGGAACCAUGUGCUGGCAACAACAACAGCAGCAGCAGCAGCUCCCUCAACAGCAUCAUCGUCAGCAGCCCCACAACCUCCAGCAGCACCCCCUGCCUGCCAGUCAUCGCCCUGCGUCUCGAGGCCGUAGACGAGGCGAGCAUAAUGACCAUGAGCCACGACCACCACCACCACGACCACGACCACGACCCCGCCCCUUCAGCCCCCGCAAUGCCCGUCCCCGCAGUCAACAAGCCCAGUCCGGACCCAGACCAACAGGAACAGCCCACAGACCCUCCCCAGCAGCCCACAGACGCCUUAUUAGCAGAGAUCGAGCGACUCAAACAAGACCUUGAGCUCCAGAAGAGUCAAAACGAGGAGCAGCUUCAGCAGCUUCAGCAGCUCACGCAGCAGCAGCAAGAGUCUGAGGAGGAAAAGCAACGUCUGUGUGAGGAGUAUGAGAAGCUUACGGAGGAAUACGAGAACGAGAAGAAGAUGCUGGAGGAGGAGGUCGGGGCGAAGACGCAGCAGGUGGAGGAGCAGCGGCGGGUGAUGGAAGCACAAAAGCACGUGAUGGAGGAGCAGAAACAGGUGAUGGAGGAGCAGAAGAUGAUGAUGGAGGAGCAGCAGGUCAGGAUUGUGGACCUGGAGACCGAGUGCCUUGUCCCGCCCCCCCUGCCGCCCGCCUGGCACGCCCGCCGGGAGUCCUGCGUCAAGGUGUCAGAGCUGCCCACCGUCAUGGAGCAGACUAGCGACGACGAGUGCUCCUCCUCGGCCUCCACGUCCUCAUCCUCGUCCUCGCCCACGGAGACCACGCCCCCCCACCAGCCCUUCGCCUUUGAGGAGACGCCCACGCACACGCCCAUGUACAGCACGUCCACGCCCUCAUUGUUCUCCACGCCUGACACAAACGCCAAUGAGGAAAUCGCCUGGCCUGAGAUCCCCGCCGAGGAGAUGGCCGCCCAGUACGCCUUGCUGUCACGGGAGCACCAGGGGCUGCAGAAGUCCUACCAGCUGCUGGCCUCCACUGCGGCGCACACGUCUUCCACGCCGGAAUACCAGGGCAGAGACGGGGCGGCGGCGUUGUGGCUCUCGGCGAAGGUGCUCGAGCUGGAGGCUGAGGCGGCAACACUGCGGGAGGAGCUGCAGGACACAAGGGACCACGCCGACCUGCUGGAGUUCCGCUGCCUGGAGCUGACCGAGGGCGCCGAUAAGAGCUCAGAGUUCGGGUCGACGGUGGAGACGCGCGACCAGUCCACCAGCACCGAGGCCGAUGAGGUCACCACCCCGACGGCCGCCAGCGAGGACCUGUCGCUGCCUCUCUCCAUAGACUCAGGGCUCGACCUGUCCAGCGAUUACAAGAAGGCGCGUGUGUCGGAGGCGCGGGCGUGGCUGGCCCAGUUGUCGCACGCAGCAGGAGAGGAGGAAGCCCACGCUGCCCUCCAACUGGCUGCCCUCCUUGACUGGGUGGCAACGCUUCCCCUGCAGCCUCACCAUGGCCUGUCUUCGCCGGUGAGCCCCACGCUCCCCACGCCGCCCUCGCCAAGCAAAGCCGGGAUGGGUGUGGAGGAGCUUGGCUGUGACGUGGGGCGGGACCUGAUGGUUCUCGCCACCCGUCUGCAGGAGUCCCUAGCUGACCCUGCCGCCCAGGAGGCCGUCCUCCUUGACACCAUAACGAAGCUGCGUGUACUGGACAGCUCCCUCUGCCAGCUACAGGACCGAGUGGUCACACUGACGGAUGAAAACCGUGAGCUGCAGGAGGCGGUGGCCAGUCUGAGCGAGGCCCAAGAGACCCGCACGGAAGCGUCCGGCACCGAAAGUGAACUGGUGCACCGCAAGACUCCCUCCAUCCAUUCCGACUUGAGUGACGCCGAGCUCAGCGACUCACCCGAGCAUGUACAGCAGGCACGUCCCGGCAAGAUGCCUCUGGACGCUGCCACCAGCUUCCAGGAGUCCGGAAUUUUUGACACUUCCUGCGAGCUUGUCCACGUCACCACGCAGACCGACCUGUCGCAGGUUGAGGACGCAUUUGACGCCCAGACUGGUCCACAUAAGGAAGAAUGUGAGCGUCAGAAAGAAGACCUUGACCUUCAGAGUGCAGUUGCUCGCUUGGCUGCAAUAAGGUCGGCUGUUCAAGGCCGUGACCUGCGGCACCUCAGAUUGCAAGAUUUGCAGGAGAGUGACGAGUACCUGAUGCGGGUGGCACUUGAUGAACAGCGGGUGAGCCUCAGUAAGGUGGAGUAUGACAGCAUCGUGGAGAGUGAGAGACGACUGCGGCAGGAGUUGGAGCACAUCAAGUGUGAUAAGCAGCAACUGGCGCUCGAAUGCGACUCUCUGAAGAACAAGAUCAGAAUCCAGAGCUCCGGCCGAGGGACAGACGCUGAAGAAGCAUUGAAAGGCGAAAUCCGCGUCCUCCAACAACGGCUGACCAUGUCGGAGAGGGCGCGCCGGGAGGUGUUUGAGGAGAAAUGUGAGCUGGAGGAGGAGGAGAACGACUCGCGCCUCAUGGUGCAGAGACUGGAGUCCCAGAUGGAGGCGGCGCGGGAGAUGGAAAAUUUGCUGAGCGCCUCCCUCUCCCAGGAGCAGGAAAUCUCCAGGGAGCUGCAGCGUCGUGUUAGGGACCUGCAGAUUAUUGACAAGGAACAUCGUGCACGUUUUGAAAAGUUGGAAGCUAUAAAAAGUAAGGUAGAAGAAAGGGCUGCCACAUUGUCCAGUGCCAAAAAUGCUCUUGCUGCCCAGCUUACUUUUGUCAUGUACGGUUUGUGGGCAGUGGAGCAGUGGCGAUGCUGGGCAGCCAGACCGCUCACCCUUGUUCCAUACUCCGGCAAGCAGAUGGGAUUAUCUUGGGAAAUAACCAAGACUCCUAUAAAUGUAAACAAGUGUGUGUCUAUGUGUCCCCCUGUUGGGUUUGAAUCUUGUAUACAAACCCCAUUCUCUGGUCUUCUGACAAAAGAGAUACAUGGUACAGCUGGUCAGAAAUAUAUCCCAGAAGAGCAUGGCCAACGGAGGCCAGCAGAAGCAAAUGAAGAAGAACCGCAGAAUAAACGCAUAAAAAGCAUCAAGACCAGAACUCAGGCCACCAUGACAAUGAAGUGUGAGUCAGUCACUGAGCGUGAAAAGUUUUACUUGGAACAGAUAGAGAAUCUGCAGCGAGAAAAAAUGAGCCUUAGGAAGGGUCAUGAUAGUGAAAGGCGGAAUUCUUUACAACAGCAUAGAGAUUUGGAGGGAGAAAUUGAGGAAGUGAAACAACAGCUGCAAGAAUCUGACCAUGACAAGUGCAAGCUGCUCUUCCGUUUUGAAGAAGUGCAAGAGAAGAAUGAAGAAAUGAAGAAUCGUUACCUCCACAGGAUAGAAGAAUUAAAGUCUGACAUGUCUAGGUAUCAAGAUUUAUAUGAACUGGAGAAAAAGACUCUGGUUGAAGACCACAAGGUAAAGCUCCUUGAGUCGCAGAAGGAACGAGAACGCUUAGAAGAACGUGUCCACCAACUUGAAUUGCAGAUCUCUACCUUCAGACAGGAACUUGAAAUUAUUGGUUCAUCUGUUGCUCAUGAUAAUGUUGAGAUGGAUGCAGAAAUGGAGAACAUCACUUUGCAUGGCAGCAAGUCUUCAAUGAAUAAGACUCGAUAUGAUGGUGAUAUUUUGAGAAAAAUAAGGGAGUUAGUCAAGUCCGAGACCAACCUGCGACAAAGAAUUUAUGAUCUUGAGAAAAAGGAAUGUGCAUAUCGGGAAACGAUCCGGGAAGCUGACAAGAUUAUGUCCAGCCAUGUGACGUCUUACAAGCAACAAAUUGAAGAUCUGGAGGCAAAAGCAAGUCAGCAAGCUGCCAAAAUUCAGCAGAUGGAGAUCUCUGAAGAACGUCUUAGAGCAACAAUGAGGACCAGCAACAGAACAAGUGAUGGUGCUCGUAUAUCAGAUCUCCUUGACAGGCUCAUUGAAACUGAGAAUUCAGAAUUGAAGCUGAAGGAGAGAGUAUGGAAUCUGGAGAAGAAGGAAAAAGAAUUACAAAUCAAGCUCAUGGAAGGGGAGAAGAACCACCAGGCACUGCGCAGUGAACUACGAGACCAAGAGGAGCUUGUGCACCGCAUGAUCACUCUGGAGUCUGAGAACAAUGCCCUCUCUUCAGAGUUGGGUCAGGCCCAGGAUUCUGUCCGCAAAGUGUCGGAAAUGCAACAAAAUGAGAGCUACCUACGAGGACGAGUAGAAGAGCUUGAAGUAACGGAGAGUAUGUUGAGGGAAACGCUUCACCAAGCAGACCAAAUCUUGGCACAAAGGGAAAGAAAACUUAGAGAUCAGGUGGCAUCUUUGCAAGAAGAAAUUCAGUCCUACAAAGCACAGCUGGAAGCAGCAGUAACUAAAGAACAUGGUGCCAGAGAAUCAGAAUUGUCUUACAGAAGACAGCUGGAGGAAUUAAGGACUCGUCUUGCUGAAGCAGAAAGAGACUUGUUGGAGUCAUCCUCUGAGACAAUUAGUCAUGAAACACAACACAGAUCAGAAGUUACAAAACUUCGCAAUCAGCUGAAGCUAUGCAACUCCCAACUACUAGAACUCGAUAGACUUAACUGUGAGCUGCGAGACCGGUUGAUGGCGGCAGAGCUAGAGGGUCAGCGAUUAGCCAAAGAUUUAGAGGAUCACGAUCGACGCCACGAACAGGAUCUUCUUAAUUUCAAUCUUCAGAUUUCAUCACGAGAUUCACGCCUGGAGGACCUGGAGCACCAGCUAGAGCAGAUGAAACACGACCAUGCUGCCAGUGAGCUGGAUGCCCUCGCUGUCAUGCCCAUCGCUGCACUUCAUUCCUCCAUCACAGCACUCACCACAGCUGUUAAGAGUUGCAAGUCAUGUAGUGCAGCCCAGAAUGAAACCUUGACUGACGUUACAUCCCAGCUGAAAACACUGACUGAACUGCUUGAGGGUGAAUCCAACAACCCAGACUUGGUGGAUGAGACUUCUGAUGCUGAAGAGGAGGAUAUAUCAGACACAGCAGAAAACUUGGCCCAUGAAGCCACAACGACCCCACCUCCUGACCCCGCUAGGGAGGGUUUCAGGGAAGAGUCCAGCGGGGACACUGCCAGUAGGAGACUUCGGAGAUGUGCUCGUUAUAGAAGUAGGAGGAGACAAGAGGAUUGCAAUAGCCAGAGAAGAAUAGGGCCUCUGGGAUCUUCCACAAUCCUAGAGGAGCUUGAAGAAAAGAUCAAAGAGCUUGAAGAGGCAGUUGGCCGGAAAGAGGAGGAGCUACGUUUGGCUGAUGUUGAAGCCUGUGAAAUAAACAGCCAGUUGGAGGCAAGAGAUGCUGCUCUGGAACAGAAGAUUCAAGAGACUGAGCAUCUUAAUGUUACCCUGGCAAGUCUGCGCCUGCAACUGGUAGCUACUUUAGAAGAUGCUGAAAAGGCGAAAAUGUUACUUGAGGCCAAACACAAGAUAAAACUUGAAGAACUGAAAGCCAAGGUUGAAGAGAUUACUAAGAAAGCCGAGCAUCUGGCCAGCCGCUGCCAACUCAAGGACUCAAUCAUAUCUACAUUGGCUUCACAAAUUCGUGCACUCCUAAGGUCAGGGAAUAUGGGUGUUAUCAUCAAUCAGCUACAUCAACUGAAGGAUACAAGAGAGAGUGAAGAGGUACAAAAAAGGCAUAUGACAACUGUAUCUGACUUUGAUGUGGAGAAUGUCUGCUCUUUUCUCACUCAAGCUAAUGAGGUACCAUCAAGACAAGAACGAUCAAGAUUUCUCUCUGAUGCUCGCAGAAUCAAACGCAUGGUGACUGGUGUGGUGCCAUUAAAUGCUGCAGUGGAUUGUGCCUCGGCACCAGAGUGGAAAGAACAGUCACCACUAAGAGGCUCAUCAGCUGAAGUAGAGACCACAUGUGUUCCCCGACCACAAAACCUGCACAUUACCCGAAGAGUUGGUGUUGACGGAGUGGUCAUUGCUUGGGACCCAUUAGAGCAUGACUGUGUGGCUGGGUUUCAGGUUCUCGUGGGUGGUCGGGUGGUGCAGCAUGUCAGGUCCCCUCACCGCACAAAGGCCUUGGUCACUGGACUCCCUCUGGCAGGCUCCUUCACUAUUGGCUUAGUUGCUGUAGCAGAUGAUGGCCGUUGCUCAACACCUGUAAUCGUCACCCAAGAUCGGUCAAGACUGUACCCAAACAGAAAUAUAGUUGGGCACACUAUGAGGAGAGUAAUUCCAACCUCCCUCUAGAAGUGUUAGUAAAGUACACAUUUAUAUUUAAACAAACAUAUUUAUUUUUUGAAAACUAAAAGAACCUUGUCUUAAAUAUUUUGAGAUUUAUUUUCAAAGAUAUCAUCUUUAUUCAAUUGUUACAUAUAGAGUGUUUUGAAAGGUUAGGUAAAAUCAACCUCUAGUUUAUUAAAGAUUGUUAACAUUCUGAAAGUUAGUAUGUUAUCAUUGAACUAAACGAAGUGAACAAGUCUUCCUCUUAAUGCAAGCCUUUUAUAUCUGGUCCUGCCAAACUGUCAUUGAGAUGCAAGAAAAGAAAUGUAAACCUUGCUGUGCCUGCAACUAACCACUUAAGAUAUGAAAUUUUGUUGAUUUCAGAAAUGUGUGAAGUGUGUUGUUUACCAUCUGCAUGAAUUUUGUGUUAUUCUAACUGUUUCAUCUACUUGCAACAGCUUGAGUACUACCCUGGCAGUGUUGAACAAUGUCUUGACAGUUAAGAAUUUGUUGUGGAUGAAAUGUUUAUUUCAUAUCCUUGUUGGCAGGAACAUUUUUUCAGCAUAUAACACUACUGACCAAGGUACCACCCAAGUUGCCUAUUAUAACCGUGUGAAUUAUGAAUAAUUUGGUCUGGAGGAAUUUAGUUUGAAUGAUAAGUUGAGAGAAAUGAGCUUCAGGCCAUAGUAAUGUAUUUAAUUUAUUGAAAACAUCUUGAUUCACUUUUGUUGUAUUGCACAUUCAAAUAUCUAUAGUCUCCAGAUCAAAUAGUAAAUAAUUAAAAGUUAGUUGUAUUGUGUGAAAAAGGUCAAUUUUGGGCUUGUAGUUAGUUCACGAUUGUUUAAUGAGGUUUAGUAUUUUGUUACUGUUCAAUUUUUAUACAUAACUUUUUACAGAAGUUUAAUAGUAAUUCAAAAUUUUCCAUGUAACAAUAUUGAAGGAUUGAAAAAAAUGUAAAUACUUUAUAUAGUGCCAAAUGAGAAAAUUCAACUGUUUAUGAUUAUUGCACAUCAGAAUAGUAUUUAAAAUUUUAUCUAGUGUAUAUACAAUUUGUAUCUGAAAACUGUUCUUAUCCUAACUAAAAAAUGUGCUACAA